CUGAUACCUAGAGAGUUUCUGACCUUUAAACUAAAAGUCAGGUACAGGUUCAACAGCUGCAUCUUCCUCCAUUGUAGUGCUCUAGAAACGGCCAGCCUCAGACCAGAACAGCAGUUUGAUCUGCAGUCAUUAGCAGCACGCCAAUGGUUUCUAUGGCAACUUCAGAAGCAGAUGCAGGAGUGACUUCACCCAGGAGUAUCGUAAAGCAGUCCAGCCACAACCUCCUGAACUCUUCCUGAGGAGAAUGAAGGAAACACCUUCAAAGCACAUAUUCUCCAAGCAUGACAACAGGCAUGCCUUCCCAGGAUCGGCUACAUAUUUUGAGAAUGGCUUAGGAAGGCGGAGAAUAGAGGGGAGCCUUCCCAACACCCACAACUUAAUUGACUGGAUCCCCCUGAAGGAGGAGUUACAACGCGAGAGACCCCUCAUCUCAAGCUACCAGUCUGACUACCGCACCAGAGACAAGGUCCCCCAGGUGUUACUUCAUCAUAGCCACGUGCAAGGGCAGCCCCUCCAACGCACACCCAGCACCACUUACCAGCACACAUACCGGAGCUACUGUCUGCGUGAACCCAUCCUCAGGGCAGUCAAAGAACAGGAGGUGGCUAAGGAUCCUGAUCCCAAAGAACCUGAGCUCAUCAAGCCUGCCUCUAGUGAGCUCGCUGCUCCCAUCUCCAGUGAGCCCACUGCAACAGAUACCAGCACAACCACAGAAGCCCUUGCUUCAGGACCCUUUUCUGGGCGUUCUGCAGCCUACAAGCGACCCCGACUGACAGUCUCGGACUGUUUGCACUGGCACAAUUGUUGAUCGCACAUCUGAUUAUUUCCUCUGCAUCUGUGAGAACAGUUAAAUGCUCCUUUGUACAAGGUUAAAUAUGGAAAAAAUAAAAUCUUGCUGGCCUGCGAUAAGAGGGAUCCUGAGUUUUGCAUGCCCCCGCUUUUCCCCCCGUAAGAAAAAAAAAUGUCACAAAAAUAAUUUCUGCAACUGACCUGUUUUGCAAGUCACAAGAGUUGUACGGGGUGUUUCUUUAAUUCUGCCUGUAGAUGCCAUCACUAUCUUGCCACUGAAUUGAUUU